AUAGCAGUUUCUUUUUUCACAGCAACAAAUAGCUUGCGUUCUGGACGUUGAGGCUACAGUGUACAAUAGAAAAUUCUCGUAAGAUAUUUGCUGACAAUUAUUCUACAUUGGACUUGUACAACCAGAACAAUCGUAUCGUUCAUAAAUCUUUACGAAAAACGACCGGAACAGGAGUAGAUCCAUAAACAUAUUGUUGGGAGAAUCGAUUUUCUGUUGUGGAUGGAGGGCGAAAAGAACAGAUUUUCAGUUCUCUGCUUUGAACAGGUUAACAGGUUGGACUCAAUGAUGCGGCAGGAAGUUAACAUUGUCGGACGUGGUAACUUCCCCCAAAUUAGAGUUCAACUUAUGGACUUCGUUAAAAAGGUUAGAGAAAAUCUUAUGUCAUCCCAUGUUUUGGUCAAAGACAUACGGUUAAAUGGAGGAGCAGCCUCUUACGUCGUCCAUGAUGCCCCACAUACUGACAAUUACAACGACAUCGAUCUUAUAUUCAACGUUCAUUCGCUAGCUACUCACGUCGAACUACAAAAAGUGAAGAUUGCAGUUCUAGAAGCAUUGAGAACCUUCCUACCCGACGAUGUUAACCGAAGAAGGUUAUCGGAUUGCUCUCUAAAAGAAGGUUAUGUUCAAAAACUGGUUAAAGUCUCCACCGAAACUGACCGAUGGUCGUUGGUCUCCUUGGCACAGACCGACGGAGGUCGUAACAUCGAAAUCAAAUUUGUCGAUUCCAUGAAGAGAUCUUACGAGUUCUCUGUCGACUCAUUCCAGAUUGUAUUAGAUUCGCUGCUGGCAUUUAGUGAGGUACAGCCACCUACUGUAACUGAACAUUUUUACCCGACGGUUGUGGCUGAAAGUAUGUUUGGUGAUUUCCAAGAGGCUUAUAAACACCUUGAAGAGAAACUGAUUUCAACAAAAUUCCCAGAGGAGAUAAGGGGGGGUGGUUUAUUGAAAUAUUGCCAUCUUUUAGUAGAAAAGUAUGAACCAGCUACUGACAUUGAUCAACAAAGUUUAGAACGAUACAUGUGCUCGAGAUUCUUCAUUGACUUCCCAGACGUUGAUCAACAGGCAGUUAAAUUAGAAUCCUACCUAUUUAAUCACUUGAAAUCCGAAGAUCUCCUUGCUCGCUACGAAUUCUUUACUGUCUUGCAUUGGGUCAUAGAUAGCUCUACGAUCUGUUUAAUGAAGCAUGAACGUCGCCAAACGUUAUCCUUAAUCGAACAGUAUAUGGCCUCAAUCCAAUUGGAAUACGACGGCAGAUUUUUAGCCUGCCAGAUACUUCAAGCUGAAACCGGUUUAAUAGUUGAUCAGGUCUUCUACGGACCAUUUCAAAUGCCGGAUUUGAAGAAUGCAGUAACCUAUACGUUUACGUCGCCUUCCACUUCGUCGUCGUCCACGCCUUGUUUAUCGCCAUCUCCUAAUGUUAUGUAUGCCUGUACAAAUUUGGCUUAUUCCUGA